GGAGGAAUGUGGAAGGCGGCGGCGCGCAGGCUGACAGGCGGCUCCUCGGGCGGGCUGCGGCGCCAGCGGCCAGAGCGUUUCCCUUUUGCCGAGGCUGCGCGCCCCCUCCUCGCCGUGCCCCAGGCCCGCGCGGGAUUGUGCGUCCUCCUGCCUCAUCCCUGAAGGGAAGGAACCGAGGCGGCAGCGGCGGCGGCAGCGCUGCUUGGGAGCCCGAGCCUUCGCGGCGCCCGCAUUCCCUCCCCCGCCGCACCCUGCCCGGGAGAGAAGGGGAGAUCGAGAGAGCCCGAGCCGCGGGCGGGCGGGCGGCGAAGAUGGCAGAGACCCCCGUCUCUCCGACCCCGCUCUCGCCGCUGGAAGUAGAGCUGGACCCUGAGUUCGAGCCUCAGAGCCGGCCGCGCUCCUGUACAUGGCCCCUGCAGAGGCCGGAGCUCCAAGCAAGCCCAGCCAAGCCCUCGGGGGAGGUGGCCGCUGACUCCAUGAUCCCCGAGGAGGAGGACGAUGAAGACGACGAGGACAGCGGCGCCGGUGGGGCAGGCUCAGCCAUGGCGAUCGGCGGCGGUGGGAGCUGCACGUUGGGCUCGGGGCUGCUCCUUGAAGACUCAGCCAGGCUUCUGGCUCCGGGAGCGCAGGACCCCGGAUCCGGGCAAGCCCCCUUGGCGGGUGCGCUGAGCGGAGGAACGCAGACACCGCUGCAGGCUCAGCAGCCGUUGCCACCGCCGCAGCCGGGGGCGGCUGGGGGCUCUGGGCAACCGAGGAAAUGUCCGUCGCGCCGGAACGCUUGGGGAAACCUGUCUUACGCUGACCUGAUCACCCGCGCCAUCGAGAGCUCUCCUGACAAACGCCUCACCCUAUCCCAGAUCUAUGAGUGGAUGGUGCGCUGUGUGCCCUACUUCAAGGAUAAGGGCGACAGCAACAGCUCUGCGGGCUGGAAGAACUCUAUCCGGCACAACCUAUCACUCCACAGCCGGUUCAUGCGGGUCCAGAAUGAGGGCACCGGCAAAAGUUCUUGGUGGAUCAUCAACCCUGAUGGGGGGAAGAGUGGGAAGGCCCCCCGGCGGCGAGCGGUCUCCAUGGACAACAGCAACAAAUACACCAAAAGUCGUGGCCGUGCAGCCAAGAAGAAGGCAGCCCUGCAGACGGCGCCUGAGUCAGCAGAUGACAGUCCUUCCCAGCUCUCCAAGUGGCCUGGCAGCCCCACCUCACGCAGCAGCGAUGAACUGGAUGCAUGGACGGACUUCCGCUCUCGCACCAAUUCCAAUGCCAGCACGGUCAGCGGCCGCCUGUCACCCAUCCUGGCCAGCACAGAGUUGGAUGACGUCCAGGACGAUGAUGCGCCUCUCUCCCCCAUGCUCUACAGCAGCUCAGCUAGCCUAUCUCCCUCCGUAAGCAAGCCGUGCACCGUCGAGCUGCCAAGGCUGACCGACAUGGCAGGCACCAUGAAUCUGAAUGAUGGGCUGACUGACAACCUCAUGGAUGACCUGCUGGACAACAUCACACUCCCAUCAUCCCAGCCGUCGCCUACUGGGGGGCUCAUGCAGCAAAACUCCAGCUUUCCAUAUACCACCAAGGGCUCAGGCCUGGGCUCUCCAACCAGCUCCUUUAACAGCACGGUAUUCGGACCUUCGUCUCUGAAUUCCCUACGCCAGUCUCCCAUGCAAACCAUCCAAGAGAACAAGCCAGCCACUUUCUCUUCCAUGUCACACUAUGGCAACCAGACACUUCAGGACCUGCUUACUUCAGACUCGCUCAGCCACAGUGAUGUCAUGAUGACCCAGUCAGACCCCUUGAUGUCUCAGGCCAGCACUGCUGUGUCUGCCCAGAACUCGCGCCGGAAUGUGAUGCUUCGCAAUGACCCAAUGAUGUCAUUUGCUGCCCAGCCCAACCAGGGGAGUUUGGUUAAUCAGAACUUGCUCCACCACCAGCACCAAGCCCAGGGCGCUCUUGGUGGCAGCCGUGCCUUGUCGAAUUCUGUCAGCAGCAUGGGCUUGAGUGACUCCAGCAACCUUGGGUCAGCCAAACACCAGCAGCAGUCUCCUGUCAGCCAGUCUAUGCAAACCCUCUCAGACUCCCUCUCAGGCUCCUCCUUGUACUCAACUAGUGCAAACCUUCCUGUUAUGGGCCAUGAGAAGUUCCCCAGUGACUUGGACCUGGAUAUGUUCAACGGGAGCUUGGAAUGUGACAUGGAGUCCAUUAUCCGUAGCGAACUCAUGGAUGCGGACGGGUUGGAUUUUAACUUUGACUCCCUCAUCUCCACACAGAACGUUGUUGGUUUGAACGUGGGGAACUUCACUGGUGCUAAGCAGGCCUCAUCUCAGAGCUGGGUGCCAGGCUGAAGGAUCACUGAGGAAAGGGGAAGUGGGCAAAGCAGACCCUCAAACUGACACAAGACCUAUACAGAGAAAACCCUUUGCCAAAUCUGCUCUCAGCAAGUGGACAGUGAUACCGUUUACAGCUUAACACCUUUGUGAAUUCUGCACCAUUUUCCUAACCCAGCAGAGACUGUUAAUGGCCCCUUACCCCGGGUGAAGCAUUUACCCUUGGAACAGAACUCUAUAAAGUAUGCAAAAUCUUCCUUGCACAGGGUGAUGAGACACCUGCCAGCGGAGGACAGCACCCAGUCAGCACCACCCACCUUUAGAGCACACCGUGAAACCCCCGUUGGCGAUUCUGUGGUGUUUUUCAUACUGCAAUGAUUUAUGGGAUGUUUUCACUGUUACUUGUGUCUUUAUUUUCCUUUUAACUUUCUGAGAUUUUUUGUUUGUUUGUUUCACAUGCAUUAACUUCAGUAUUUUCCUGUUUAAAUGCCACCCGUCCUUCCCCUGGCAAAUUUAAAACAGAAGGAAAAAAAGUUGUACCCGUUACCAUUCCAGCUUUGGGCAUCACAAACUUUUGAGCCCAUGGAACUCUGUCAGCUAACCUAUUACAUAAACUGGAGGGGAAUUUUCUCUCUUCUUUUGUUUAGUAGAAAAUUAUCCUUUUCUAAAAAAACCUGAACAAUGGCACAAUUGUUUGCUAUGCGCACCAGUCCAGAACAGAACGCUGCAUAGGCAAAAUGAAUGAAGGGCAGCGUCCAAACGCAGGGUUCUUUUCAGUUCUGAGUAAGGGUGGUCUGUGGACAAGACUCCCAGCACCUGGUCUGCAGUUGUCAGAAUGGUAGGGCCGUGGUCUCCUGGCAGUUUCCUCAGCUAAUGCAGUGAACAGUGUUGGUGUGCUGGUUAGAAACUAGGUCUUUUCAUAAGUCAGCUUAGCUGUCCACUCAUUGCCAAAUGCCACGAAAGGACUUAGUUUGUAAGGAGGAA